AUGACUCCAAAGAUCAUGAAGGGCUCAAACAGUGUUUCUGAUCCGCCGUUAACCCAUAGUUAUCGAUCCUUACUACUCCAUGAACUCGAAAACACACCACACUACUCAACUGAGAGAGACCAUGAAGUGGUUGGAGAGUGUGAGCUUCCACUCAUAGACUUAACCAGUUUGAGGAGUGAGAGAAAUGGAAGGGAGAGAAGAGCUUGUGUGGAAGCAAUGGCGAAGGCGUCGUCGGAGUGGGGGUUUUUCCAGGUGGUGAACCACGGGAUAAGCCAUGAGCUGCUGAAGGAGAUGAAGCAGGAGCAGGUGAAGCUGUUCCGGCUGCCGUUUGAGACAAAGGUCGAGUCGAAGCUGCUGAACGACUCAUACCGGUGGGGGACGCCGACCGCAACCUCCGCGAAGCAGUUCUCAUGGUCGGAGGCCUUCCACGUCCCUCUUGCCAAGAUCUCAGAGGACUCCAACUACGAAGAGUUCAGCUCCCUCAGGGAGAUGAUGGAGAAAUUAGCCGUGGCAAUGUCGGAGCUCGCACGAACACUAGCUGGGGUGCUCGCCGAGAACUUGGGCUACUCCAGGCGCAGCACGUUCCCUGAGAACUGCGACGAGAGCACGUGCUUCCUCCGGCUAAACCGGUACCCGCCAUGCCCGUUCGCGCCGGGGACCUUCGGAUUGAUGCCUCACACAGACAGUGAUUUCCUCACCAUACUGUAUCAGGACCAGGUUGGGGGCCUGCAGCUCAUGAAAGACUCAAAAUGGGUUGCAGUUAAGCCGAUCCCAGGUGCUCUCAUUGUCAACAUUGGAGACCUUUUCCAGGCAUGGAGCAAUGACAUUUACAAGAGUGUGGAGCACAAAGUAGUGGCAAAUUAUAGAGUUGAGAGGUACUCAAUUGCAUAUUUUCUAUGCCCAUCAUAUGAUUCCACCAUAGGGAGUUGUAAAGAGCCCUCCCUCUACAAGAAGUUCACCUUUGGAGAAUAUAGAAAACAAGUCCAAGAUGAUGUUAAAAAUAUUGGACAAAAAGUGGGUCUCUCUAGAUUUUUCUCUAUAGCUCAUUAAUUAAUACAAGAUAGCAAACAUACCACUUUAUAGGUUUAUAGGCAAGUAUUUAUCUGUAUGGGAUACAAAGGGAUAGGAGAAUAAAAGAGUUGCAACUAAUAGUGGUCAUGUAGAGAGUUAGGGGAUUCAAUCAUAUUGUUUGUUGUAUUUUAGAUAUGGACUAAAUUGGAAUAGUCCAUCAAGAUUUUUGUUUCUUUAUUUUGUUUUACAUCCAUAAAAGGGAAUUUAUAGAGGUGAUGAUCAAAUUUUUAUAAUAGAAAUUUGAUCCAUAUUGUUUGUUA